GCCGGAAGUCGGCGGAGCGCUUCCGGAAGUGGGCGAACUGAUUCCGGAAGUCGGCAGAGCGCUUCCGGGUCGCGCUGAGGCCGGGCGAGGAGCGUGGCCAUGGUGCGGCGGCGGCGGCGGCAGGAGGAGGAGGCGGCCCCCGUGGGCCCGGCCGCCACGCCGCCCUCGUCGGAGGAUGACGAGGCCCCCGAGGAGCUGUCUUUCGGCACGGCGAGGGCGGAGGCCGAGGCCGAGCGGAAGCUGGCGGGGGAGGCGGCUCGCAGGCACCGGGAGCUGCUGAAGGAGAAGCGGCGGCGGCGACAGGAGCUGUUCACGGAGCAGAAGAGAAGGAAGCUGCUGCCCGAGGCCCUGCUGCAGGAGCUGGCCGCCGCGCCGCUUGCACGAGCAGACGAGCCGAGCCCCGCGGCUGCACCAGAUAAACAUCCUAAAGGGGGAUCUGCAAAACAGAGUGAAGACCACAUCCCAGGACAGGUCAAGAAAGACAAAGCAGGAGGCACCAGGUCAAAAGGAAACUAUUUUGCUGUGCACUUGAAAGAUGAGAACUUAACAGGCCUCCACCAACAGACAGCAAAAGACUUCAUACACAGUCAGCUCUAUGGCCCGGGCACCAACCGAACAAGUGCAAAUGAAUUUUUUUCCAUUGCAAACAAGAGAGACUCAGUUAAGAAAGCUGCAGUUCAGUUUGUGGACAAAUCUUGGGGGCUUGAAAAAAAGCAAAGAGCAACAAGGUUUACAAAAUACUGGGUCGCAAGAAAGGUGACAAGUACUCUUUGAAGACAGCUUUUUGAGAAGAUGCUAUCAACGGACAUGUACUGAGAGUUCAUUUCUCAUCACCUACACAUAACAGGUGAACAGCUGUCACCUGUCCACCCCCUUCUCCAUCAUUACUACUCUCUUUCAUCUUCAGGCAACGGACAGUUUCUCAAAGUGGUCCUGGUUGACCUCUGCAUUCUUACCUCCCCUGGCAGAAGUUGUUAGGGAAGCUAACACACUGCUGGGCCACAGCCGUGAUGGCAUAUAAGUGCCCCUGAAGGAUAAGUCCAUCUCACAGAGCUGGACAUUGUUCCAUGAGGCAACUCAACUGCAAAGAAUAAAGAUGAAUGAUUUCAUAUUUA